AUGGCUGCUGCCGUGUCUGAGAGCUCGCCUCUUCUGCAAAGUGGCCCUCAAUCACAACAAGACCAGACCGAAGAGUCCACGCGUAUAGGAAGCACUCCACUGCCAGCUGCUGCUACUCUGACGACGACAACAACAUCGCUGACUUCGCCGUCCGCUCUCGCCCGACCCAGCUCUGGUUUCCGCCCCAAGUCUUCGCGUUCUGUGACUUUUGACCCAAAUCCUGUUUCUCAGACGAUCGACCUCUCUCCAACAAGUUCGCCUCCCAACCACGAGCCACUGCCAGCAUUCUCACGCUCUCGUCGUCGAAAUGCCUCGUCUACGACUGCUGCCACAUUGCCGGCUAUAAGCUCCUCGGAACCGACGCCUUACGGAUCAAUGUCUACCAUAUCGAACACACCGAUGUCUGGAAGUGGCACGGGCAGCAGCGGUGGCGGUCCGCCGGUGCUGGCAGCAAUAAACAACCGGCUGCGGCGUCGCAAUAGUUCUAGCUCUGCGCCAGUCCACGGCCAGCAGCGUCAGCAGCUACAACAGCUUCAUCAACACCCGACGGCGCUUCCCAAGAUCGGUCCGCAACGGACGUCCAAAAACGCCCAAAAACUCAAGCUGUUGCCAAAUCCCGAGUUUGGUGACGAAGGCCCGGAUGAAGAAAGUGGUCGGGAUGUGUAUAGCCAGUACACUCGGAUCAAAGAUCCUACGGCACGUCGAGAUGCUGCCUUCUUGGGCAAGGCUGACCGUGGCCGGCUGCCCCGUGUCACUGCGUAUUGCACGGCAAACCGGUAUCAGAUGGACGGGCUCAUGCGCUUCCUCAAGGGCCGCAGCAAGACCCGCGGUGCAAAUCCGAAAUUAAUUGACGAGUGUAUCUACACGCCAUACAACUACGACUACGGCAAGGGCAACACCAACAGCAGCAGUGGUGACGGGAAUGCCAGCCGCAAACAGCGGGAACCUGAGAACCACCAACAGAGGGACCGGCAACAAGAACAAGGAUGGGAGCCAGAACGCGAUGCACAGUCGUCCGUGGUACCGUCUUCUUUCCAACAUGAGCGUCGGCAUUCAACAGGCGAGGUUGAUUCAGUCAGCCCUACGCAACUUCGUCGAGACGAUCUGAUGGACCUCGAAAGAGGCAAUCUGACUGAGGGCGAUAACAGUGCAAACCACGGCCAAGUUGUCGACGAGGAGGCAGUGGGCGAUGAAGCGGUACAGAGCCACAGUCCUGGCGAGAGCAACGGGCUAGAUCGGUUCUACGGAAGCGAACACCGUGAAAACCCAUACCAGUACCAGGACCAUUGCCAGGACCAUACAGAGGAACACGAGCAUAUACAUGAGGUGAGCGAGCAGAUAAAUGGUGGUGGUGACGAGGCAGUGGACUUGGACAUCCACGUGCGGACGCCAGAGGUGUUUCUGUUUGACUACGGGGUGGUGGUGAUCUGGGGUAUGUCGGAGGCGCAGGAGCAGCGCUUUCUCAAGGAGCUGGCACGUUUCGAGACAGAGAAGUUGGCGCCGGACGACGUGGAGGUUGAGUUUUUCAACUUUUACUACACACGCGAGUACCAGGCGCGCAUCUACAACGAUUUUAUUGCGCUGCGCGACGACCGGAGCAGCAGCUACAUGACGAAGUUGGCCAUCUCGCAUGCGGUGGCGCAGAGCGUCAAGACGUCGCUGUUUGAGGAGCUCAUCGCGUCGACCGUCGAGACCUGCAAGGACAUCCCGACGCAGAUCGCCAUGACGGGCACCAUUGCGCUGAGCCGGUCGCAGAUCAACAUGCAGAUCGGCGAGCUGUUUAUCCUGCGCAUCAACAUCCACCUCAACGGGUCUGUCCUCGACACGCCGGAGCUCUUCUGGGUCGAGCCGCAGCUGGAGCCCGUCUACCAAGCCGUGCGCAGCUAUCUCGAGAUGGACCAGCGCGUUGGGCUGUUGACCCAGCGCCUGGACGUGAUUGCGGACCUGCUGGCGGUCCUGAAGGAGCAGCUGAGCCACGGCCACGGCGAGAAGCUCGAGUGGAUCGUGAUCGUUCUCAUUGCGGCCGAGAUUCUCGUGGCAGCUAUCAACAUUGUCGUCGACGUGUACGCGGGCGAAUAG